AUGGAGCCCUUCCUCAGGAAGCAGCUGACCUUCCUGUCCUUCUUCUGGGACAAGAUCUGGCCGGCGGGCGCGCCGCGGUUGCCGGACCCGGACUCCGACGCCGACGUGGAGCCGGAACCCGCGGCAGCGGAGCCCUCCAUCGCGGAGCCCUGCAACCCCCCGGCCCCCGCGCAGCUCUUCAGGGCUGACUUCACGGUGCGGAGCGCGGAGGAGCUGAGUGUCAGCCGCGGGGAGAGGCUGCACGCCCUCAGGGAGGAGGGCGGCUACAUCCUCGCCCGCAGGCUCGCGGGCUGGCCCAGCACGGGGCUGGUGCCCAUCACCUACGUGGCCAAGGCCGCCCCUGAGACGCUCUGGAACCAACCCUGGUACUUCAGUGGCAUCAGCCGAACCCAGGCCCAGCAGCUGCUCCUGUCCCCACCCAACGUGCUGGGGGCCUUCCCCGUCCGGCCCAGCGAGAGCAGCCACGGGGACUACUCACUGUCAGUCUGGGCCCGGACCAAAGUCCACCACUACCGUAUCUCCAAAGCAGCCAAUGGCAGCCUCUACCUGCAGAAGGACCAGCUCGUCCCCAGCCUGGAGGAGCUGCUGGCCUAUUACAAGGCCCACUGGAAGCUGAUCCAGAACCCACGGCUACAGCCCUGUGUGCCCCAGAUACCCCCUGAGCAGGACAAGUGGGAGCAGCCCCACUCUGAGUUCACCCUGCGGAGGAAGCUGGGUGAAGGCUACUUCAGGGAGGUGUGGGAAGGCCUGUGGCUAGACUCCAUGCUCGUGGCGGUCAAGGUCAUCAGACCAGGGGACGUGAAGGUUGCCGACCUGGCCCAGGAGAUCCAGAUGCUCGUGAGCCUGGGGCACGAGUGCCUCAUCUGGCUGCACGCGGUGUGCUCCGCGGCCGAGCCUGUGUACAUCGUCACCGAGCUCAUGCGCAAGGGCAGCCUGCAGGCCUUCCUGGGCAGCCCCGAAGGCCAGGCCCUGAGCCCGCCCCUCCUGCUGACCUUUGCCUGCCAGGUGGCCGAGGGCCGGAGCUACCUGGAGGAGCGGCGCAUUGUGCUGGCCGCCAAGCACCUGCUCAUGGGUGACGACCUGGCCUGCAAGGUGGCUGACUUUGGCCUGGCCUGGCUGCUCAAGGACGACGUCUACUCCCCACGCAGCAGCUCGAAGAGCCCCGUCAAGUGGACGGCGCCCGAGGCGGCCAACUACCGCGUGUACUCACACGUCUGGUCCUUUGGGGUCCUGCUCUACGAGGGCUUCACCUACGGCCGGCGUCCCUACCAAGGAAUGAGCAACCACGAGACCCUGCAGCAGAUCUCGAGAGGGUACUGGCUGCCGCGCCCGGCCGCCUGCCCGGCCAAGGUCUACGCGCUCAUGGUGGGGUGCUGGAGGGGCCGCCCCGACGAGCGGCCGGACUUCGCCACGCUGUGGGGUGGUUCUUUGGCCGGAUCUCUCACUUGGAAGCCCUGCACCGACUGCAGGCCGCGGGCACCGAGCUGGGGGCCUUCCUGAUCCAGCCUGCCCGAGCUCGUGGACCACCACGAGGCCCAGAGCCUGUCCCACGGCCUGUGGCAGACCUCGCCCCGCCGAAAGCGUGAGCCGGAGCCCCUGCCCCACCGUGACGACUGGGAGAGGCCGCGGGAAGAGUUCACGCUCUGCGGGAAGCUGGGCUUCCGGCUACUUUGGGGAGGUCUUCGAAGGGCUCUGGAAGGACAAGGUCCGAGUGGCCAUCAAGGUGAUCGUCCGAGGUGAGCGGGCUCCAGGCCAGGGACUUCUGGCUUUACUCACGGGGGUGGGGCAGCCCACCAGCCCUGCGCCCUGACGCCCCGCCAACCACUCGCCGCCCUAACUUGGAUCACCUGUGGCACCUACCGCAGUGUCCGGGUGGCAUUCUCCUUUCAUGCUGUUACCUAAAUGCAUU